AUGCUGCUGGAAGCCGGAGGGCAAUUUAAUACAAUGAAGGCCGAGGGUAUAAACAACGUAAACACUCCUCUCCACACGGCAGUUGAACUGGACUCUCAGGAUACAAUAACUGAACUCCUCAAUUCUGGUGCUUCGAUCACGUGUCUGAAUGAAGCUGGUCAAACCCCAUUGCAUGUCUGUAUCUUGAAUAAAUUGGAAGAGUCUUUAAAGAUGUUGGUGAAUUACGUAGAUCCUCUCCCAAAAACAAUAGACGUGAAGAAUAGUGACAAUCGCACUAUACUGGAUGUUGCAGUCACCGAGGCGUGGAUGCCAGGUGUCUGUAUUGCUUUGAAAGCUGGCGCUGAUAUUACUUUGAAAGCAAACAAUAACGAAACAUUGCUACACGUGGCUGCAAAAAUUGGCAAUAUGUGUAUCUUGAAAGAAAUUGUCAGCGCAACUGAACAAGGCAACAAUCAAAAUCUAUAUAAAGCUAUUUACCAUGAACUUUUAGUUCCUACGAAAGAAAAUGUUUUACACGUCGCGGCUGAAAAUGGUCAUACAGAAAUACUAAAUUAUUUACUUCAGUGCACUUCCAGUUUCAUUAAUAACAUAAACGGCAAAGGUGAAACAGCUCUGAUUAAAGCCACUAUCAAUGGACAUUUGGAUUGCGUUAAACUUUUACUUACGAAUGGAGCUGAUAUAAAAAUUACUACAAAAGAAAAAGUUAAUGUUUUUCACGUAGCCGCUGAAAAUGGACAUUUAGAAAUACUAAAAUAUUUACUUGAACAAAAACUUAAGGAAGAAGAGCUAUUAUUGAAUACCUUAACAGAAAGUAAGAAUGGAAGUUUUGGUCCUAUACAUUUUGCUGUAUCAAACAAUCAUGGUGAUUGCGUAAAGUUACUAUUGAAGAAGGGAGCUGAUGUAAAUUUAAGUACUGGCAAACAUGGUCCAUAUAGCUUGUGGACUCCAUUGCAUAUUGCUGUAUACAAAAAUAAUAUUGAUGUUGCAGAGAUUUUACUUCAAAAUGAGCAAAUAAGAAUAAAUGAAGAAAAUGAGGAGUAUUGGUCUCCUCUACAUCUAGCUUUACACCUUGACGUUAGAGACAUCUUACCUUUACUUCUAAGAAAUGGAGCAGAUUUGUCGUCCGCUAUUCCAUUUGACCCAGUAAAAGGAAAAAUCGCAUUACAUUUCAUGCUACGUAAAAACUCUCCGGAAUCAGUAGAUUUUAUGGAAGAAAUCUUUGAUUCUUGCAUUUCAACGAAUACUGGGAACGAUCCAAAUUGCGAGAUAACACUUGACUAUAGAAUACUCACUUCUACAAGAGAAUCGAAUCAAGUGAAUGUUUUGCAAGAAUUGUUAAACACAAACAAUACUUAUGUACAAAAGAAAUUACUAGCCCAUCCACUGGUGGAAAGUUUUAUUUACUUAAAGUGGAAGGCAUUACUGCCGUUUUCCUGUACAAUAAUAGCAAUGUAUGUGUUAUUCGUGAUCUCAAUGACUAUUUUAGCUGGGUCGCACUCGUACCAUGAUGUUACAGAACGACCGAUAUGGUUGAAUCCUUUAAUUUGGACGUCUAUUAUCCUUUGUAGUUUAUACUUCAUGUAUGCCCAAGUAGCGAUCAGCCAUUUUACGAAUCCACAUCGGGAGAUAUUAUUUCGAGAAAUCCCUAUCGUCAGACUUGUAAUUUUUUUGUUAGUACCCAUACUCAUGUACAACUUCGUAGUAACCCCGCAUAUGUCUGCAGGCAAAGAUUUCUUGGUGGAAUUGCUUCGAGAUGUGACUGCAUUUGCUUUGCCACUAUCCUAUGUGGCUUUAAUGAUGUUAUGCUCUAAAUUUAUGAAAUGGGGAUAUUAUAUACAUAUGUAUUCGAUCGUCGCUUUUAACGUUUUAAAGAUUUUUUUAAUAUUCGCAUACUUGAUUUUUACUUUCGCUAUCUCUUUUAUGAUACAAUUCAAUGGUCAGGAGCCCUUCGAAAAUCUUUGGACCGCUUUUUUAAAGACCAUUGUCAUGAUGACGUCAGAGUUUGACUACGAUGAUGCAUUCGUACAAAAGAAGUUCUCGCACAUUUUCUUUUUAACGAUCUCCAGAAUAUUUUUUGUCAUGUUUGUAAUCUUUAUUGUUAUUGUGUUAAUGAAUAUAAUGAUUGGUGUAGCUGUUAAUGAUAUUAAUGAUUUGAAAGCUCUUGGUAAUAUCAGAAGAAUUGUCGACGAGGCUGAUUUUUUAAGCGAUUUAGACGUUGAAAUUAAUACCAUAAUAAAGAUAUUACCAAGAAAAGUAAAUAGUUUUGUUAGAAACAGAUGCAAGGUACAAACGACUUUGAAACUAAAUCCAGGAAAUCCCGAAUAUCAGCAAAAUAAUUUGUUACCAUCGCAUUUGCGUGAUGCUAUUUUGCAUAAAACCUUAACACCGAAGGAACGACGAUAA